UGUAGCUGUUGCUGUUUGUGAGACUGGAGACAUCUAAUAACAGCAGCUGUCUCACAAUUAUUACUAGACACCCCUGGUCCUGAUUUAGCAAAUUGAAAAAAAAGUAAGCAUAACAUGUAAGUGUGUGAUACAACCCUAUAAACCUGCAGCUUAAAAAAACACUCUUAACACGCUAACCUCCUGAAAUACAGCUAGUUUAACACUAAUGAACAAACAGCACAUUAUGGAACUAAUCCAGUAAAGUCUGUUUUAAGGAUGGAUUAAAUUGGGCUUUGUUUUAAAUGCAAAACCAAUUGAGCUCUGACUGAUUAAUUGAUCUAAUUGUAUAAUUUAUUUGCCUAUUGUCAUUUUUUGUGUGGCCUGUGGGUGGCGGUGUAAUUCCGUCUCCUCAGACUUGAGGGCAGUGAAAACAUUAACCCAGCCUUCAGUACAGCACGAUCUGUACCAUUCAGCUCCAACGUCUCCAUUCAGCUCCAGCAGCUCCUCUGAUCUACAGCUCUUCUCCUCCCGCUAAACCCCCAGACAAUGAUUCACAUGCUUCAGUUGGAAAUUGUGUAAAAGAUGUUCCAUUCAGUUUUUACCAUCGCCAUCAUCCUGACUGUCUCUGUUGACUGUGGAAGAAUCCUGGUGUUCCCGCAUGAUGGCAGCCACUGGGUUAACAUGAAUACUUUGAUAAAGGAGCUACACAGCAAGGGUCACCAUGUUACAGUCAUUCGAGCGGCUGAUAGCUGGUACAUCAAAGAGCACUCGCCCCACUACAACUCUAUCACAGUUGACUUUGCCGCCAGUGGUGAUGAGGCAUUCUUUAAACUAUUUGUUUCCAGACAGCUGCAGAUUCGCCAGGAAAAAUGCCAGUUUUGGACCAGUUUCAGUUUGGACAUGGAACUGAAAAAAAGGUUUUCUGAAAUGCACAGAAAGAUAUGUGAAAUGGUCGUCCAUAUAAUUGAAAAUCAAAAGUUAAUUAGUUCCAUCAGAGAAGCCAAAAAUGAUGUGAUGUUAACAGACCCUGCAAAUGGUGGGGGAGUUCUGCUCGCACAUUAUCUUGCAUUACCGUUGGUUUUCAAUGUCCGCUGGACAGUGCAUGGAGAAGCACAUUUCAGUAUUGCUCCGUCGCCUUUAUCGUAUGUUCCUUUUCCACUAGCUUUGUUAACCGACAGAAUGACAUUUUUUCAAAGGGUAUAUAAUAUGCUUUUCUACAUUGUAAGACUUUUUCUGUACAGACGCACUGUCGGUCCUCAUUAUAGUGCUUUGUGCAACCGUUACUUUGGUCCUGAUUUAGACUAUUUUGAGUUAUUUCAGGCAGCUGACAUAUGGCUUAUGAGAGUAGAUUUUGUGUUUGAAAUUCCGCGCCCGACCAUGCCUAAUAUCGUUUACAUUGGUUGCUUCCAGUGCAAGCCACCAAGUCCUCUUCCUGCUGAUCUAGAAGCUUUUGUUCAAAGUUCUGGAGAGCAUGGUGUUGUUAUCAUGUCUUUAGGAACUUUGGUUGGAGAUCUUCCACCUGAUAUAGACAAUGAAAUAGCCGCUGCUCUAGCUGAGCUACCUCAAAAAGUGAUUUGGCGACACACUGGAAAAAGGCCGUCCACCCUUGGCAACAAUACAAUGCUGGUUGACUGGUUGCCACAGAAUGAUCUUCUGGGACACUCUAAGACUAGAGCUUUUGUCAGUCAUGGAGGAACAAAUGGGAUUUUAGAGUCAAUUUACCAUGGUAUUCCAAUAGUUGGAUUACCUCUAGUUUUUGAUCAACAUGACAAUCUCUCGAGAAUGAAAUACAGAGGUGUAGCAACAGUCCUGGAUGUAGCCACCAUAGAAAAAAAUGUGUUUCUAGAGGCUUUGCAGCAUGUUAUAAAUGAGCCAUCCUAUAAAAUAAACAUGCUGAAACUUUCUAAGCUUGAGAGAGACAAGCCAAUACCGCCACUUGACAGCGCUAUCUUCUGGAUUGAGUUUGUUAUGAGGCACAAGGGUGCUGGUCAUUUGCGAACUAAGUCCUAUAAAAUGUCUUGGUAUGCCUACCAUAGCAUCGAUGUGAUAGCUUUCUUACUUUUGGUUGUGUUACUUACAGCUCUCCUUACCUUUGCAGUUAUCCGAUACAUAUGUUGCAGAGCUUGUAUGAAAAAGCCAUUUGAACAGGACUGAUAACAAAUUAAGUUUAAAUAAAUGGAUACAGUUUAAGCUGCAGUAUCAAAGGGCUAAACAGAUUAAAUAUGGGUGCACAUAAUUAGAAAGUACCCUUGACAUUCUGCAUAAAGUAGGAUGUGUCCCCUGACUUUUGUUAUGUCCAUGUCUGACGGUCAUGAGCUUUACCAUACACCUCACAACACAUGCAGGUGUAGGCGUUCCCAACCAUCCACUACGGUAAAACUUUAUUACUAUCCUAUGACUUUUGGCAUGUCAGUGAAAAUACAUAUUAAGAAUAAACUAUUUAGUGUGGCAUAGUACGUGUAGUAUACUGUAAACCUAUUCUUAUUUAAAUGUACACCCUGCAUAAGCAAGAUGAUAUUAAGAAUAAUUCUAAACCCUGGCUUACAGUAUUGACUUUAUUAACUUCUAAUAUUAACUCUUAUUAAAUUUGGUAUCACCACCAGACUAUUACAUACAUACAAACUUAUUGAAUAGUCAGGUGGUUGUGCUGUUCACUAUACGAAUGUUCCAGUUCCUAUUUUGUCCACUUUCAUGUAUAGUGUGGAAUUCCAAUACGCAACAAUGCUCCUCCAUCUGAACAGUCAGACAGUCAGAUUUAUGAAGUUCAUUAACCUAAGAUCUUGGUUUAAUCAAAAUUCACAGCUUUUUCAAAAUCUCAAAAUAAAUAAAUAAAUAAAUAAAUUGAAAAAUAAAAUAAAUAAAUAAAUAAAUAUUUGAAGCAUAAGGAAAACAAAAGGCAUACAAAUUAAACUAACUAAAAAUAAAAACAACAGUGAACUGGAUAACUAAAGGGAUUUCAGUUGUCUAAUGCGAUUUCAGUUAACAGAUGAUAAAGCAGAUGAUAACAGAUUAUAAAGCAGUUUGAGCGAUUUGAUUUGCAAAUAUUAAAUAAUAAAUACCUGUUAAUGUGAUUGUAUAUAUUGUGACACAUGUAUUACAACAUAGCAUAACUCACUCACUUUUUAUUUGACAUAGAGGUCUAUCCAUAAUAUAUAAAGAUAUAAAAUUUAAAAAUAUAGCUUACAGCAUUACAAUUAACAGGUCAACAACAGAUCAAUGUGCAUAUCAAAUUUACUGCUGCAUUUACAUUACAAUCAGUUACAAAAUCAGUCAUAAAAAAAAAUUAGCGGUGAGUUCUGUAAGACACUGAGUGGGUUAGCAGCAUUGUGUGUUGCUCUUUUCCUGACAGUAACAUAUUCUUGAUUAAAUGCUUUAUGUACACUGAAAAUGAAUAAAUAUUUUAACUGA